CCUGGCUUGUUAUUCCAAGAAUCAUCAGAAAUAUAUUUGAUUGAAAUAAUUGUGAUCUGUUGAUCAUCAAAACCUUUAUUUCCACAAAGAAUUCCUUUUUUUGAUAGUAGAGGUAUUGUAUUUGUAGUGUAUUUAUUAUCGUAUUGAUACGAUGGCUCCACACGAAGAUACAGAUGCUGCUAGCGAACCGAACAGUGGAACCACAGUUCCUCCGAACACAAGUACUACAGCCAACUGGGGCGCUUUGAGAAGGUAUCUAACGGAAAACAAAAUCGACACUGCGCUAUGGCUGACGCGGGUAUUUACUAUCGUCAAUUCCCUCCUAUUUCUUCUUCCAUUGUUCAGUCCACAGUUCAGCUAUAGUUGUUACAAAAGAGCUUUGAUCAGUUCUGCUGCUACGUCAGCUCUCAGACUUCAUCAACGACUUCCUAGAUUCCAAUUAAGCAGAGAAUUUCUAGGCCUGCUAUUCCUUGAAGACAGUUGCCAUUACCUUAUCUACUGCGUGGUGUUCAUAAACUCUUAUCCAGUGACUAUGAUCCUUAUUCCAGUUGCCUUGUUUGCUAUUCUUCACACAAUAUCUUUUACUAAAAAGCUCUUGGAUAUUCUUGGUUCUGGUGGAAUUAUAUCUCUCUCCAUAAUAAGGACAGCAAGGACAUCCAUUGAUAAGAUAGAACUUUACCAACAAGGAAUUCUGAGGUUUAUUGCCUGUACAGAGAUAAUGCUUAUGCCAGCUGUAAUUCUUAUGACCUUCAGCGGACAAGCUGGGAUUGUCAUCCCCUUUGUGUAUUACAGGUUUUUAGGGCUGAGAUACUCAUCCARAAGAAAUCCUUACUGCAGACAACUAUUUUCAGAAUUCAGAAGAGGAUUUGAAGGAAUGGCCAGUCACCAGAGAUGUCCUGCAUUUGUACGCUCAUUCAUCUUUAAAGCAACAGGAUUCAUCUCCAGUUUAGCUCCUGCUGUUGCCACUGCUACAUCAUGAGAAACCAACUACAUGCCCUAUUGUACUUACCAUAAUAACAUAGACUUUCUACCUAUACCUGAUGCAUGGUAUUUCAACUAUUGUAAUUGGAUGGUGUGUUGUGUCAUAGCUUUUGAUUGGUUUAACUAUGAAAGCCAUUUAAGAGUUACUACACCAUUGUCCCACUCUCUCCUGCAAGCUGCUUCAAGACGAUUCCUGGCCUUCAAACUACUGAAGGGACAUUAUAUAAGAUAUUCUAAAACUCACUUUGAUUGAUCCUUGUAAGAACACCUUAGACCAACCCAAUCCUGCCCUUAUCUUGUGCAUCAUCAUUAUAUUCAAAUUUAUUAUUUUCAGAAAAAUAAACGGUCAGAAAUUUCUGUAAUUUUUUAAACAUCUGAAUCCUUUGUUGUUUGCUUGCUUGAAAGAUUGCUCACCGUUAAGUUUAGGAAUACUUGUGUGCAACACCAAAUGAAAUGAUGAUCUAUAAUUGAUGUUAGUGGAAAUAAAGUGAGAUCUAAAGAACCUGGAUCACUUCAAAAUAUUUUAAGAAAAUGUCAAUUGCCAAACUGCCAAUCAAGAUUUGCAACUUUACAUGUAAGAAUGGAAGAGAUAAAACCAAUGAAACAACGUGAAGCUGUUAUAGUAUUAAGCUAGAUAUCAAAAUAUUCUUCAAAUAUUUUCAGGUGCUAGCAGUUCUUUAGGUCACAUUUUAAAUAUUAGCUACUAGAAGCUACUCCUUCAUGCUUGUUAUUUACUGCUACAUGUAUUAUAUAUAUAUAAAGCAAUGGCCUAUGUAGCCAUGCUCUCUGGCUGUCAAGGUUCUCAGACCUAGAGAAUCUGGGCCCAGUUGCAUAAAGCUCUCUUAAGAUAAAAAAGCUUAAAAGCGCUUGUAAGUAUUGUCUUAGUACAAUGGCCUAUUGUUUUGGAACAAUACUUACGGAUGCUCUUAUCUUAAGAGAGCUUUAUGCAACCGGGCCCUGGCUAUUAGUCAUUCUGAGGUUCAAAGGCUCGUAUUGCAGUGCAUUGUGGGACUGUUGUGGGGGUGAAAUAGAUGCUAUGUUGAAAAUAUGCACUGCAAUGCCAACUUGACCUAGUUUUCCCCCUGAAUCCAGGAGUGUCUAAAGGCAUAUAAAACAAACUCAGGAUUGAGAGGCAUUAGUCAUACUGUACCUCACUUGUUAAACCUCUUCUUAAUUCAUCAUGAUCAACAAUUCUAAAGAUUUAUUUAAAUAUAAGUUGCACAUUACCAAGAUAUCUUUGCUUCUAUGGGUGGGUGUGUUUAAAUUAUGCUUGUUGAGUGCUGAAACACAGCACAAAUAUAAAGAACAAUGCUAUUCUGUUGUAUAAGGCUCUAGAACAAUAUUGUAAUGGUAUAAAGGAACAAUAAAUCACCAAACAUUCACUAAUAAA